UAGACAAAAGGUACAAUUAUUCAAUGCCAAAAGAUUGUUUCAUAACGUGUGCUUGACUGCGUAGGAUUAAAACAACCCAUUCCUUUGCCGUAGAAAACUUGGAAGCUGACACAACCUAAACGAUAGAUUUGCUGCCUCAAUCUCCAAAACUUUUUAUAUAUAUACAGAUACUGUCCUGUUUAUCUUCAUCUUCCUACGUAUUUUUUGUCGGAAAAGAGUCGUAGAGAAACAAAGAAGAUGAAAACCAAAGGCCUUUACUGUUUUUUGGUCUUGUUUUUUCUGGGUUUUGAAGAUUGUGUUCAGGGAAGGUUGUUAGCAGCAUCAAAACCUGACAGAGAUGCUGCUGCUGCAUAUGCUCGUUGGUUGGUGUCCCAGAAUUCUUGGGGGAUUUUAAAUACAAUAUCAAUUGAGUUGGAAGGAGCACCAUUUGGGAAUGUUGUUUCAUUUAGUGAUGGGUUACCUGACAAAAGUACUGGCAUCCCAUAUUUCUAUUUGACAACCCUUGAUCCAACAGCAAGAAAUGCAUUGCAAGACCAUAGGUCGUCACUUACAAUCAGUGAGUAUCCACUUGGAACUUGUGGCAAAGCAGAUCCAGAGAGCCCUGUUUGUGCAAAAAUCACACUCACGGGAAGGUUGGUACUAGUUGAUGCUAACUCUGAAGAGGCAGAAUUUGCUCAAACUGCCCUGUUCACAAAGCAUCCCGAGAUGAAGGGGUGGCCUAAGGGUCAUGACUUCGAGAUCUUCAAACUGGAGAUCGAAGACAUAUUUAUGAUUAACUGGUUUGGUGGCCCUAAGCCUCUCACAGUUGAACAGUAUCUCAACUACAAAAUGAACAAAUUUGGCGUCAGCCUGUGAAAAGUGAAACUUAAUACUAAACUCCAUUCUUUUACAUGGUUCUAUAUGUACGUGAAUUUAAACUGUGUAUAAUGAAAACUAUCUUGUAAAUAAAUCCAAUACAGUUGCUCUUAUUAUUUAUGGUUAAUCCUAUUGCAUUCUGAAACAAUCAAAAGCAAUAAAACGGUUAAUAUAA